UCUUGACCGAAGGUAGCACUACCCAAAGCUUCAACGUUUCAACGUUAGUUGCGAACACAUGGGUCCCGCAUCUUUCGUGUCUGACGCGCGAAUGCAAACUCUUUUUUUAUUGAUCCAUUUUUUUUUGUGUGUGUCUUCAGCCUCCCACCUCAAAACAGUCAGUUGCCCCUGCAACCACAGCGAAAUUGGCUAUGCCAGGACACACAGUCACCUACUAUCCUAUCACUACUCUAUUUCCCCACCCCCGACGGUCUAUUCGGUGCAUCUCAUUCGCGAUUCGCUGUAACAAACUGUUUGUUUGCAAAAUUGGAAAGCACCGCAACUAUUUUAUACUUAUAACAACAACACAUCCCACAACCGUCAAAGCACCUUCGACAAGCCAUUUUCGACCCUCGUUUCCGUUUCUCCAUCGAUAGUUAUUCGAAAGCCUUAAUUUGUCGCCGUAAUGUGGUGUUGCCACGGGGUGGACCUACUCUCACUCUUACAGGAUAGAUGUUUACUGAAACACGAUGCCAUCGAUAUGAACUUGUACAAUCAGAAAUCAGCCUUCUGGCGUGUUGCAGCUUUAUUGUCU